GUCAUGGUAACUACCUACGAACUGUUAAUAUCGGAUGGUCAUCGCUUGAACCGUAUGGGAGUUUGGAAAGCGGUUGUGCUCGACGAAGGCCACAGAAUCAAAGAUGCAACUCGACAGAAUGCUUUGUCCGUAAGCAGAUUGAAGACUGAGCAGCGAAUUAUUUUGACAGGCACACCCAUUCAAAACGAUCUGCUUGAAACUUGGUCAAUGCUCAGGUGGCUAUACCCUGAGGUAUUCGGCCAUCAAGAUACGAGCUCAGCUUUCAAACGGGCCUUUGCUCUUUCCGAAGGCAAAGUGGACCUUGAAUUUCUUCAGGACUUAGGCAAGUUUCUGAAAGUGGCAAUGCUUCGUAGGACAAAGGAGACAGCUAGUUUGAAACUGGACUUGCCUCCAAAGACGGAAAUAACACUUUACGCCCCGCUCACCAGCUUGCAAAGAAGGCUGUACCUCGAGAUUAUCAAUGGUGUGAAUGGCGAUUUUCUACGACCGAGACCAAAGAUGGAAUCAGCCCAUCUAACUUCGCCAAGAAGAUGGCAGAACAGCUUCCAUAAAGGCAUGGAGGGUCUAUCUCCGGGAUGGUCCGAAACUUCUGAUCAGAGAAAACUAUCAAGGGCACCUAAUCGUUCUAUUCUAAACCCUCUUAUGGAGCUCAGAAAGGUCUGCACGCAUCCCCUCGCGUUAAAUCGUUUUGAUGAUGAUGAGGAAACGGGCUUCGAUAUUGUAGCAACUUCGUCCAAGUUUAUCAUUGUCGAAAAGCUCCUGGACAGGGUUGUCAUCAAGGAAAGAAAGAAAGUUCUAAUAUUCUCCGGGUUUGAUCAAGUUCUUGACUGCUGCGAAGCUCUCCUAGAAGAGCUGGAUAUCGAGUUUUUGCGUCUAGACGGCAAAACCUGUUCUGCCAUGCGCAAGUUAAGCAUUCAUCUGUUUAACAAUAAACCAGACCACAGAGUUUUCUUAGUCGCUACCCGGGCUGGUGGCGAAGGGGUGACACUAACCUCUGCUGAGGUGGUCAUUUUUCUUGAUCUCGACUGGAAUCCCCAAGUGAUACAUCAAGCAGAAGCUAGAGCUCAUCGUAUUGGACAGACAAAACCAGUCACAGUCUACAAGCUGUGCACACGGGGCACAGUUGAAGAGCAAAUGAUGAGUCGAUUAAACAAGAAGUUGUAUCUUGAGGCUAUAGUAAACGGCGAUUUCGCGAACUCAACUAACACUUUCCAGAAUAUGGCUGAAGAGCAGUUACAUACAGAUACUACAUUCAUCCGCAACUUGGUGCGCAGUAGCCUCCACACAUUUGCGGUCGACAAGACUGAUGGCGAGGAGAUGAUGCACUGGGACUGGGAGCGUAUUGUCGACUACUGCCGCGCCCCUCACCAGAAUAUUGAUCAACCUGAUAUGAUUGCUCCUCCAGACUCACCUAUGUCACAUGAUGAAGACGAGACAAAUUGGCUGACCAAAAACGAGCGGAUCAGGACGGAUGAACUAGACGGGAUGAAAGUACCACGCUCACCGAAGAAAUCAAAACUCGAGUUUUACGAAGCUCCCGCAUCGCCAGUUCGAAAAAUCAUACCUCGUGCUAUUUUCAACAAGGAGUAUGAUUGCUUCGUCAGCAAGGAGUCCACUCUGUGUGAGCCUGGAGAGGCAGUGCCGCCUAUGAUAACAAGAAACUCAAGUUCCGCUGACUCCAAGGAGCCAACCAGAUGGCGUAAUCAUAUAAAGACAUGCUUGUUUUGCGGGAAACAGCGUGGUCUAACAGAAUGCGCUCAUUGUCCUAAUAGCUUCCAUGAGAAGUGCCUAGGCAAGAAGAAAUCGCAUGCGGUGAACAAUUUUAGAAAUAUCUGUGCAUAUCACAAAUGUUCAGCAUGCUUUCAAAGUGCUGCUGACGCGGGGGGGAUGCUAUUUUUGUGCAAUUCAUGCCCUCGCGCAUUCUGUGUGGACUGCGUUAAUUUAGAUACCAUGGUGUUGAUCUGUGACGAAAUACCAAAAUUCAAGGCUCUUGGUUAUCAGCAACCGAAGUCAGCCAUGAAUAUCACCUGUGGCGAUUGCGCUAGCCAACAGUCAAGUCGUUUCAAACGAGGAGCCAGUCAAGAGGGAUUAAGAAGAAUCAACAAGCGCUUCAGGGUGUAAUAUGAAGUAUUUGGGGUUGGAGAUUUCUUUAGCUGUUGAAGUGGUUCCACUUGUCAGUUUUCAUCUACCAAGAUACUCCUUGCAUGUAUUUUGAUGGUGUAUUUGCAAUGAUUUAUUUCAGAG